AUGUGGCCUAGUGGAAGUGGUAUUCGCAAUCCGAAUACUUCUGCAGUAGUGCCAAAUUCUACAUCUAAUAGUACAAGUGCUGGUUUAAGCACAGUCACUGGUACAAGUGGAUCUCAGUCGUACACUGGAAUACGGGUAAAUGAUCAGCGUGGUAAUGUCAUCAACCAACGGUGGCAUGAGCAUCAGCAGGCGCAUCAGUGGACUGCUGCACACUGGAGUCCACAUGUUGCAAGUGGCCCUAGUCCACCUCAUGCAUGGCCCUUAGCUGCUUCUCAGCCGUGGUCACCACCAUCAAAUGUCGGGACAGGCAUGUCUACAUAUGCUGAACAUGCCAAAAAAAAUACGGCAGGGCGCGGCAAUAGCAGCAAUCAUAAUCAAAUACAGAGCCGGUACGAUCAUCAACAGCAGCAAUGGAAUCAAAUAAAAGCAGAUCAGGCAAGAAAGAUAUUAUCAUACCAUUCACCAUUAACUUUUAAGGGUGUGCACUUGCAGCAAACUCCAUGGGAUACAAGCAGUCUAGUUAGUUUCAAUGCUAUACAAGGUGGCAGUGAUGCGAAGGUGUCAGGAACUGUAGAAUGGAAUUCAAUGGCGGCACCAAAUGCUCGUUGGGCCGGCAAUCAGUGGCCGUUUUAUCCAGCAGUUACAUCAAGUCCUGCUGCUCCUGACUGGGCAACAGCUGCUGCUGUUGUUGCAGCUGCAGCUGCAGCACAUCAUCGUCAUGAUGGAACAGCACCACAAUGGACUAGUCCCGCAGUUGUGCCUCAUCCAGCAUCAGCGCUGCCACCACAACCUACCGCUGCUUGGAAUCAAGCUCCCACAGCAGGACCGCAGCCUCCUGUAACUGCAUUACCAAAUCCAAAUGAGCAGUAUGAUCCGAAUCCUCAAACUCCUGGUCCGUGGGUUGCACCUCAACCACAAGAAAUGAAUAACGAUAUGAUGUGGCAUGAUCCUAAUCCAAAGCAGAAAAAAGUUCAACGUGAUACUGGGACUGCAAUUUGGGGUGAUCCGCAUCAACAGCCUGCGGAAAUCAAACGCUGGAAAGAAACUGAAGGGGAUGAUUAUUCUCAUAUUCAAAGUGCAAUGCCAAGCGGUGGUGAUUGGAAUAACCUUACAGUAAUAUCAAAUGGUAACACCGUCUGUUCCAGCAUUAAUGGUAUUGUGGCCAGUGCUGGGGGUCAUACUGCUAGCUCAUGUUGUUCAGCUACUGGAACUAAUGUUUCUACACCCACAACAGCAGGCAAUGGACCAUGGCCCGACAGCAGUUCUCAUCCGGAUCCUUCAUCAUCGAACUAUCAGGAACGGUGGCAGCAACAACAAAGUUCAUGGGUUGAUAAGCUUGAAAGUGUCGGUGACAGUCAUCAAACACCAGACCUGAGCACUUGUCCACCUUCCGUGGGUGCUGUUGGAAUGCAUGCCUUAGUGGAUAAUGUGUUGAUUCGAUCUGAUAUUGGAAGCAGCGGUAUUAUAGGACCCAUGCCAUACACUUCACUUACCCAGCAAAUUGCUGACCGAAUUCGUAUCGCAGUUAGCAAAGGUUUGAUUGAUGUAGCUAUGCUUAGUCGUCCUUUACCACAGAGUGUUUUGGUUAUUUUGAAUACACUGCUGCAGAAAUUUCCGAAGCUUGAACAAGCUCAGCAGGAAUAUCAACAAGUCAUGCGUACUAUGAGUAGUCCAGCACAGAAAAUCGAGUCGGAACGUUUAGCUGUUGAAAUAAGUGGCUUGCAACAUGAGAUAAUUCAGCUUCGAAAUUCGAUGAAUGAGCAGUUGCUGAAAGCUCGGUCAAAUAUUCCUGUUAAUGAAUCUGUAAUACCUACGCCACAACAAGACGGACAAAGCCGUUUACAACAGUGGAAACAAGCAAAUGCUCAGGACUGCAACACUGAUAAGGCUAGAAAGAUAUUUUUAAGACCUAUGUGUUUGCCAUCAUCAGAUCCGAAUGUUGCAGGCUUAAUUAAUAAUGCACAAGGGAUGUCAUUGGAAGAAAAAAUUGAUUGGAAAGCUGGUACUUUGGACUGGUCACCACCUCAGUCAGGAAAUGAAGAGAAAACAGUCGAUAUAGCUGAAAAGGACGAUCCAGGUUCUAGUUCUGGGGAGAAACAACAGCAAGGAGCUUCGUCAUCUACCAACCAAUCUGGUAAUGGUACUCCGACACCACAGCAAUCUCAAUUACAAAUUCAGGUUGCUUCAAUGGAUGAUGGACCACAGGAAUUUGUUCCUGGCAAGAAAUGGGAGUGGAGAGAUCCUAAUAAGGUUGCAGAAGACCCGAAUGCAACUCCGGGAACAUGUAAACCAAAUCCGCUGCUUUCAGCUAGCUCAUCUGCUCAACCUUUCUAUUUAUAUGGUAGUAAUACAAACAAUAUUUUGCCACAGGGUAGCACUACAAACGCGUCAAAUGUUAUGAACACAGCUGCUAAUUAUUUAAAUGAUCUUCAAACUAUGAACAGAAGUCCAAGUGCCGGUUAUCUGGGAUGGAAUGGUGGUGUUAAUAACUCAGCCACUGCAUUUGGUGACAUAUGGCCUACAGUUACAGCUGGUAGUGUUGCUCUUCGUCAGUCACGAGUUACAUCUGGACCAACAGGGAUGGGACCAUUUGGUCAUACAGGAGUGCGGGCUUUGGGAUCUGGUACUGCUGUUCUAGGACCCUUUCAGCGUUCGAAUGCAAAUUCAUUCAAUCUUCAGCAACCACAGCAGCAUCCAUGGAUUUUUGUGCCUUUGCAAGGAAUGAACGAGAAACAAGUACAAAUGCUAUGUCAAAAAGUAGGCCAAAUAUUGCAUGUGUUUUGUCCUCAGGGAGCUCCUUUUAUGUGUAUCAGAUUUAUAGAACCUGCUGAGGAAGUAAUUCGACGUUUGAGAACUGAAGCACCAUUUUUGCAACUAAAAGUUCUAACUGAACCAGAAAUUGAUCGUUUGUUGAAGCCACGCGCUACAUUGUCGUAUGGUAGUCCCAUGGGACCAGCAGGAGUUGCAGAACCUUGGAUCUUUGGUGGUGGUGGGUCAGUUAGCACAAUUUUACCAAACAGUGGAGGUAAUUCAGAUAUACUGCCACAACAAUCUCACUUUCAUGCCAGUGAUGUAACUAAUGAUCUCGCACGACCAUUUUAG